CACAGGGCAGAGCUCAUGAAGGUCAUGGAGAGGUUCGGCACGGAUCCGACUCUGCCGCGCGAUGGGCAAAUGACCAAGGUGUCAAUAUGGUUCUCUACAGCCCUACGCCAUAGUCCGUAUUGGAAGGAUGGAUUCAGCCGACACUUCGAAAAGAUUAGAACUUUCGAUCCAUACGAUGGCUGGGUUGUUGUUGACGAUUUGCUGACAAACUGGACUGAAAAUGAUCAGUGGAAAGGCUAUCGUGAAAUGCACGAGGUGCUGAUCAAGGGCAGGCCCCACACGUCAUACGUGCAUUGGGUGCUGCUAAACUGCUGUGAGAUGAUUGACAAUCACGGCAUGCAGAAGGGCAGGCUCCAGAUGAAGUGCGUUGAUGACAGCAUGCUGCUGCCUCCCAG